CGAUGAGUGCAUAGCAUGCAGAAGAUUAUUUCUAUUCCAUAACAUAAUAUUCUUCUCACCAUAAACGCUUUGCAUUAAAUGCAAAUCAAAUUAUAUUUUGGUGUAUACAAAGUUAUGCGUCAAAUUGAAAUCUUGGUCAGUCGUGUUCUUCAAGUCCAAGGGAAAUGAGUGAAUGAAAGAGAGAGUUGCGUCAAUAAGGGCAAGGUUAGUGUAACCACUAAAGGACAAAGGUGACGCUAUUUGUGAUAAUAAUGUGACAAGAAGAUUCGCAGAUUCGCGGAAUUGAAGAAUCAGAUAUUUUACAACAGAAAAGUGUAAAAAACAAGUUAUAAUCAUCAUGCUGCAAGUAAAUCCUGGAGCAAUUCUCCUCAUAACUUUACUUCCGGCUAGUAUAUUUAUGACGGUGAAUUAUAUCGGGGAUAACAGUGGUUCGCCAAAUGUUAAAGUGACCAAUGGUGCGAAUAAUACGAUACAAAUCGAGCUUGGUGGUAGUGAAAAUGGUACCAUAAAUUUAACAACAUUACAACCCGAUAGUGCUGCAAUUCCAGUAACUUCUACUUCUGAUGGUGGGAAAGUAAUCCAGAUUAACUUCAAAAUUGGCCAAGGUUCUUCUCACCUCACGAAUCGCACCUUGCGCAAAAUAGUGGGAGAUGAUGAUGAAAAUGAAAUUCGAAAUUCUAGCGUGGUUAAGAAAUCGGUGAAUUUAGACAUCCCUGCUUUGCCGACGUGUUGUGAUUUGAGAGUCAAGAAAAUUGACGGGGAAACCGGAAACCGGCAAAUUCUCAGCAAUUGUGACACCAUCGAUGUGUACACGGGAGCCAAAGAGAGUGGCGUUUGGGACGUCCCGUCAAACUUCUUGUUGAGGAAGGAAGGUCCCAAAAUAUUUCGUCUCGAAAAACGCCGUCCUGUUUGCCAAUCCGCGUUGAAAGUCGUGACUUUGGACUACGUGAACAGUGAGGGGGACCAUUUCCUGACCAACGGACUUUUAAAAUUCAAUAACGAGUAUUAUCGAACAAGUGACUACUGCAUUAAUGGAUUCAAAGAGAAAGACAAAUUAGAAGUAAAAAUUUGUCAACCCGAUUGCACUGAUCCGAGGACGCCGUGUGUACAAAAGUGUUGCGAAUAUGAUGAAGUUUACAGCCUUGGGAUGAAUGGGAAGCGUGGUGGAUGUCUAAAAUUGGACCCUCUCCUGAACGAGACAUUCUGGUCGCCUGCAUUUUACGAAGAUUUAAAUAAAAGAUUAGAUUCGGACGGAAUGAAGAAAUUGCAGCCACAUAUUAUUCACAAAAGCCCGACGAGUUUUAAACCAGAAUGCACGAAUAAGAUGACCACGGUGUAUCCGUAUGGGCAGAAAAUUGUGGAUUUUCUAAAUAGUGUGUUGAAGAGGUCGUUGGUCAGUUUGCCAUUUCAACUGAAAAAAGAUGGGUGGCUGAUGCACCCAAAUUCCACCAUGAAGGGGAUUGCCAUCAAGAAAACGACGAGAACGACAAAGUACUGCAUUGACGGGGUACAAAAUUACGGAGAAAGUGAGAAAUUCAACAACUUGGAGAGACAGACGGUCCUGUUUUUGUGCACAAUUCCAGAUCAAGAACCUGGUGUGGGAGCAAGCCUUUCCAGGCAGACUGAAAAUGCAAGUAAAGAUUCACCAACCACAAGUACCACAACCACUACGACUACGACCACAACAACGACGACGACAACCACCACUACUCCAAAACCAGUGAUACUCCCGAUCCUGCCAACUUGCUGCAAUUUAAACCCAUCUGACAAUGACAAUAAGGGUGCCAACUACUGCAAUGGAGUUUCAAAUAAUGUAAUUCCAGUCGCUGAGUGGAAAUCACCUCCCAAAUUUAUAAAUGGCGUCAAACCCCAAAAGUUCAGACUGGAGACCCAGCCUCUCAAAUGCAACGACGACUGGUCGAAAGCCUUCAUUCUCAAUUACGAGAACCUCCCCGGCGGCGGAAGUCCCAGUCUGAUGCCGAACGGGAUGUUAAAAUUCCAAACCGAAUUCUUCCAACCUGGAGAAUUCUGUGUGAACGGGAUAUUUCCCAACAUCAUCGAAGUGCUAAUGUGCAAAACUAACUGUUCUUCUCCAGACACACCUUGCGUGAACAAGUGCUGCGGUCCUGAUGAAGUGUACAGUUUGGGAGGUCACGGUACGAAGCGGGGUUGCAUGGCGUUGUCCAAAGAAAAAGGUGAUCUGCCUUGGAAUCCUCGCUUUUACUCGGACAUGAACACCCCCGUUGAAGACGUCGUAAUGCAAACCAUGAGACCCCAUCUCGUCCAAAAGUUUCCACCAAAGUUUCAAUACAGUUGUUACAAGAAUUUGACGCUCGUCUUCCCCUACAAGAAAGAGGCCGUUGCGUUCAUGAGCCCUCUGGCAAAGAUUAACUUGCAAUUCCGCUUGAGGCGAGAUGGCAAAGUGAUGUAUCGUCACCCCGUCAUCAGUGACGGGUUAACAGGGAAGUUGAUGGAGUCAACUUUUAACAAUGUCGAGUAUUGUGUCGAUGGCGUUAGAAAUUUCGGUGAACCCAACGCCACCCCGUACCGGACGAGUGAUGAUGAUGCCGUUUUAUUCGUAUGUGCGAUGAAUCCUCCUCCCUGAGAUUUUCGUAAUCUUUUAAUUAGGAGUAUGUUCCUACUAGCAGAGUAAUUAUUAGCCAGUGACGAAAUAUUUAAAGUUUUCGCAUGCAUUAUAUAAUUUUAGAUGCAUUAGAUUCCCAUAUUUUAUUGUUUAUUAACCUUCAAUUACUGUGUUUUUGAAAAAUGCUUAAAAUUAUUUAUAAGAACUAGAGACCAAAGUAUGUACAGAAUAGUAUGCGUUGUCGUAUUACUGAAACAAGGUGUGAAAUGCGUGAUUAUUAUUAUUAUUUUAUAUUAUAAUAUUUAGAGAGAUAGAAGCACGAAGCAUGAAAUGCGUAAGUAUUUAUAAGUUAUAUUAAGGAAGGGGGGCAGUCAGAAUGGAAUACGACAAGUAUACGGAUUGUAUGUAUUUCAAAACAGCAAUAAAUAAGAAUGAGCUUAAAAAGUC